ACGACGGCAUCGUCGAUGGAAAAGGAAUAAAGCUUUUGAGGCAGUGGGGUAUUCAAGCUUGAAGCUGAGGAGUAAUCUUGAUAGACAUGAUGUGGCACUGGUUGUUCUUGACCGUCAUAUUCUCACCUCUGUUGGUGCUUUUUGUAUUAAGGUUUUACCUCAGAAAGACGCGUUGGUGUACCAGCAAACGCAGACUGGAUGGCAGAACCGCUGUUAUUACAGGGUCUAGCGGAGGAACAGGCAAGGCCAUCGCACUCGACCUGGCCAAACGUGGCUGCAAGGUAAUUCUUGCCUGCAGGAACCCCAUCAAAGCCCAGGCAGCCGUCAACGAGAUAAGAAAACUUUCUUCAAGCUCGAAUGUGCAUUUCAUGAAGCUCGAUCUUGCCAGUUUACGUUCGGUCAGAUAUUUUGUGAAGGAAUUUGAAAGUUUGGAGGAUAGGUUAGACUUGCUGAUUAAUAAUGCAGGUUACUUAGGCCCGAGGUCAAUAACCGAAGACGGAUUUGAACGCAGCCUAGCGGUUAAUUACUUAGGACAUUUUUUGUUGACGAAUCUCUUAUUACCAAAGUUAAAAGCGUCGGCUCCUAGUCGGAUAAUCAACGUAUCCUCAGACGCUUUCCUUAAAAAUUCCUGCACGCUUGACCUUGAAGAUCCUCAUUACGAGAAGAACCCAGAAAGCUACACUUAUUAUGGCGCGUAUGGACGCAGUAAAUUAGCAGUCAUGCUGUUUACCGCGGAACUAGCGAAGACAUUAGACGGCACCCGGGUGAUUCCCCUGUCAGUGCAUACAGGUCCCGUUAAAUCGGAUCUGUUGCGUUCGUGGCCAGGAUUCGGAGGCUUUUUGCUUCGCCUUGUUGCGUUCCUCUGUUUUCGUUCCACCACCGAGGGCGCCCAAACCCCCUUGCAUGCCGCAUUAUCCGAUGGGAUGGACGACUUCACUGGGUGUUUCAUUGUCGAUUGCCAAGUUCAUGAACUACCAGCCCAUGUCAAAGACAAACAGAUGGCUCAAAAGCUGUGGGCGUGGAGUGAAGCGGUGUGCGACAUCAAGAUAGAGAACGGCACGGCCACAUAUGCGUAGUGAGAC